GUCCAGCUCGAAGGCUGUGUAAAUUUACUUUCCCCUCGACAAAAGUCAGCACACAGCCAUUAACUAACAACAAAAGCGAGUACACCCCGCAGUGAAAUGUCUAAAGAGAAAUCACAUAAAAAGAUGUAAGAAUAUAUUUACAAAAAUCUGAAGUGCGCUCAUGUUAAUGAGAUACUCUACUUGCCCAGCGAUUGACAGGCAACCAGUUCGAAGUAUAGUUUGCCUUUCACACUCCUGGAACAGGCUCCGGUCCCAUGCGACCCUCAACAGGGUAAACAAUGUAGAAAAUGGAUGGACAGAUACAGUGGAUGACGUCCAUCGACAAAUUAUUCAACAAUAAGAAGGUAACAGGUGAGGGAGGCUGCCAAAGGGCUUGAAGUGACAUUGAAGAGCUGCACAUUCCAAAUGCUUCAGUUUGUUUGGCGCAAGAAUAACAGCACAUCACCUAAACAACAUCAUACCCAAGGUGAAGGUCAGAAUCACUGUGAGGGGUUUCAGUCAAUGUGAUCAAUAUUGGAGUGAAACGUCUUCAGUCCAAAAUCCCUCAAGUUGUACAAAUCCCAUUUUCGAAACAACCUCAGCAUGAUUCGUGUUGGUUUCGCCGGCGUCUCAAAACCAAUUUAACAGAGGCUUGUUAACUUUUUGAAUCCACUGUAUCAUGUUAUGACAAAUGAUAGUAAGGAACAUUUUACAACAAGUUCAGUCCCUGUAACCGAAUGUUGAAUCAUCUGAUAGGAGAAUCAGAUGAGAUUUGAAAACAAAUGUGCAAAGGAAUGGAGGAAGGCCAUCUCUGUGUGCUGCGGUCCUUCCUCCACUCCUCCAGUCAGACUAUAAUACAGUACUGAAGUUGCGCUCAAGUCACUCUGUACAGGCAGGAUGAACUCCUCACAUUGUUCUUUAGGGAGACCACUGCCAUUGAAGGUGUUGUGCAUGUUCUGCUCGACCAUGUGCCUGGUCAGCGGGCCUCUUUGCUGCGAGGGAGCCAAGCUUCGUUGCGGCUCGGAACUCCUCAAUGACCUCCUGUUUGUGUGUGGUGAUCGUGGACUCUACUUAGGGAAAGGGACAUGGUCUGGUUAUGGUUCUCGGCCCAGAGGGAAGGGGAUUGUGGACAAAUGCUGCCGCUCAAAUGGCUGUGACCUGCAUCAUUUGGAGAUGUAUUGUGCUAAGGCAAAGAAGCAACAGCCGACUACAGCAUGGCCAAGUACAAGUACAAGUAUUGAAAGCCUCACCACACAACAAACGGAAGUGGCUUAUCAGUUCCAAGCAGUUUUUCAGAAAAGACUUUUACAGCACCUGGGACCACCCGACAGUCCAGAGCGAGAGACUUAUAGGAACAAAAUAAAAGCCUCAUCACGCAGGAAGAUGACCGGACAGCACACAACGACAAGGGAGGCCCCCUUGAUGGCCACGACAAGGACAGACAUCCUUUUAACCGGCUGACCUCUUCCGACGGUGUUCUGUCACCAUUUGAGUGAGUCUGUCUCAUGGACUCUCCUUGUAGGACUGGCCUCACCAUCGUGUGGUUUAUGUCAUGUAACUGUUUUGUACUUUGGGUUGUACUUUGUUUGUAAAUGCUUUUAGGUGUUAUGCUUUUGGUUGUGUGAAGCACAUUGAGUUGUCUUGUCUAUGAAACUUGCUACAUGAAUAAAACUCCCUCCCCUUCAAACCAGUUUUUAAAAUUGCAGUCGUCCCUCGAGUAACCCAGUUUACCAGUUUUCUACAUUCACUCAUUACCAUCGUUCUCAAUUUCCAGAAAUGCACAUUUUAAAUUCCCAUGGACAUUUAAAAAAAUUGUAAGAACCUUUCCAGAAAUGUUUCGCCCCCUCUGCGUCCUCACUGGCAUCGGAUAGCCACGGCAGUAUUCUGUCCAAACUUUGCCAACACCUGCCAAAUUUAAGUAGCUCUUCAUGGUCUUGGGCAUCCUUUCUGGAUUAUGGGUUUGCAAAUGUAAUUGUAAUUAAUUGUCGCAAAUAAUUCUCCAGCUGCUGCUCUAUUCCUAGUCCAAUCUUCUGCUUUGUAUUUAUGGCACAUUUAUUUCUGUCUCUCAAAUAUUUGUUAAUUAUUAUGACAUGCACUUUGAUAACAUUUUUUUUUUUUUGUACAUUAUCUCAAAUGUUUUUAUCUUAUUUUAAUGUGUAUGCAGGCCUUUUUUCUGUUCUUAUACCUUAUCAAACAUUGCAUAUCUGGGUUGUAUAUAUUUUAAAAAAUAUUUAUUUUUCUUAGACAACAUGGUAUGACUGUUGAGAUUAAAAGGUGUUGAUGUUGCUUAUGUAUUGAUCGAAUUGUUAUCAUCAAAAGAACGAAUAUCUGAAGGAAAACAA